AUGAGGCAACAACAAGCACAAUUGAACCGACAACUACAACUGAGCACAAUUGAACCAGCAACUACAACUGAGGCAACAACAACCACAAUUGAACCAACUACAACUACUGAACCAACAACCACAAUUGAACCAACUACAACUACUGAACAAACAACAACAACUGAACCAGCAACAACCACAAAUGAGGCAACAACAAGCACAAUUGAACCGACAACUACAACUGAGGUAACAACAACCACAAUUGAACCAACAACAACUACAAUUGAGGCAACUACUUCAACCACAAAUGAGCCAACAACUACAACUGAGGCAACAACAACCACAAUUGAACCAACAACAACUACUGAACCAGCAACAACCACAAAUGAGGCAACAACAAGCACAAUUGAACCGACAACUACAACUGAGGUAACAACAACCACAAUUGAACCAACAACAACUACAAUUGAGGCACCUACUUCAACCAGAAAUGAACCAACCACAACCACCUUUGAACAAACAACAAGCACAACUGAACCAACAACCACAAUUGAACCAACAACAACUACCAUUGAAGCAACUACUUCAACCACACAUGAACCAACCACAACCACAUUUGAACCAACAACAACCACAAAUGAGGCAACAACAAGCACAAUUGAACCAACAACUACAACUGAGGCAACAACUACAACAAUUGAACCAGCAAUAACCACAAAUGUGGCAACAACAAGUACAACUGAACCAACAACAUCUACCUUUGAGGCAACUUCUUCAACCACAAAUGAGCCAACAACUACAACUGAGGCAACAACGACCACAAUUGAACCAACAACUACUGAACCAGCAACAACCACAAAUGAGGCAACGACAACCACAAAUGAGGCAACAACAAGCACAAUUGAACCGACAACUACAACUGAGGAAACAACAACC